UACUAAAUAAACCUGUUAUACCCCACAUAUAGACUCAUCUUUAUCACCUGCCACAAUGGCUGCGAUUAUAAAAGAAAUGGUCAGUCGGAACAAAAGGAGAUACCAGGAGGAUGGUUUCGACUUGGACUUAACAUAUAUCUACCCAAACAUCAUUGCUAUGGGCUUUCCCGCAGAGAGACUUGAAGGCGUGUACAGAAACAAUAUAGAUGAUGUAGUACGGUUUUUGGAUUCAAAACAUAAAAACCAUUACAAAAUCUACAACCUCUGCGCAGAAAGACACUACGAUGCUGCCAAAUUUAACUGCAGAGUUGCACAGUACCCCUUUGAAGACCACAACCCCCCUCAGCUGGAGCUGAUCAAGCCGUUCUGCGAAGACCUGGACCAGUGGCUCAGCGAGGAUGACAAUCACGUGGCGGCCAUCCACUGCAAGGCCGGCAAGGGCCGCACCGGAGUGAUGAUCUGCGCCUACCUCCUCCACCGCCGCAAGUUCCUGGAGGCCCAGGAUGCGCUCGACUUCUACGGAGAAGUCAGGACACGGGACAGGAAGGGGGUCACGAUCCCGAGCCAGCGUCGAUACGUGUACUAUUACAACUACCUGCUAAAGAACCAGCUGGAGUACAAGCCGGUGGCGCUGCUGUUCCACAAGAUGGUCUUCGAGACUCUCCCCAUGUUCAGCGGGGGCACCUGCAGGGACAGUACCGUUAAAAACAGGAGCGAGCCGACCCCUCAGGGCUUCAAGAAAGGGAAUUGGCAUUGGGAUCCACAGUUUGUCGUAUACCAACUGAAGGUGAAGAUCCACACGUCGAACCCCGCUCACACCAGGAGGGAGGACAAGCACAUGAUCUUCGAAUUCCCCCAGCCGCUGCCCGUUUGUGGCGACAUCAAAGUGGAGUUCUUCCACAAGCAGAAUAAGAUGAUGAAGAAGGACAAAAUGUUCCACUUCUGGGUGAACACGUUCUUCAUUCCUGGACCAGACGAGAGCGGAGAAAAGAUGGAGAACGGGGCGGUGAACAACGCAGAGAGUCAGCAGGGAGGGCCCAACCUGGGCCAGGGCCUGGGUCUGGGCCAGGGCCUGGGUCUGGGCCAGGGCCUGGGUCUGGGUCAGGGCCUGGGGCAGCCGCAGAGCACCGACAGCAGGGACGGCUGCAGGGAAGGCGACAGGGACUACCUCAUCCUGACGCUUACAAAGAACGAUUUAGACAAGGCUAAUAAAGAUAAAGCCAACCGCUACUUCUCACCAAACUUCAAGGUGAAGUUGUAUUUUACGAAAACCGUGGAGGAGCCUUCAAAUUCAGAGGCUAGCACUUCGACGUCCGUCACCCCAGACGUUAGCGACAAUGAGCCAGACCAUUAUCGAUACUCUGACACCACUGACUCUGAUCCGGAAAAUGAACCUUUUGAUGAAGAGCAACACACACAAAUCACAAAAGUGUGAACUCUUAAAGCAGGAAAAGAAGAAAUUAUACACCUGAAUUUAAAAAAAAAAAAAAAAAAGGAGAAAACUUGAAUAUAAACUCAACAGAAGAACCUUUGUCCCUUUUCCUCCCCCAGACGGCAAUAGAAUAUCAUCAUGUCGAAUGCCAAUUUUAGGGAAAAAAAAAAAAGAUAAAAAUCCUGACCAAUA